GAGUACAGAGGCCACUGCGUCUUUAAGUUCCACGUGAUGGUUCACCUCGCAAAGCAGGUUGCCGAGAAGGGAAAUCCAACGUGGUACUGGACGUACCCCGAUGAGGCAGAGAAUCGGAACAUGCAGCGGGUCGCGAAAUCCCUUCACGGCGGUCCUACUUUUUAUGACAGGAUGCUCGAGAAGGUUCAAAAAAUUUUUGCCGUGAUCGACUCGCGGCGGGAUGCGGUGACCCUGGCGCUGAUCGACUCGCGGCGGGAUGCGGUGACCCUGGCGGCGGUGAUCGACUCGCGGCGGGGCGCUGAUGUCCAGCGCCAGAAGUGCACCCAAG